AUGGCGGCCAAGCGCGUGGUGUACAAGCUAUCGCCUGGUCUGAGUCACAUGCUGGGCAAGAGUGAGCUCACACGUCCAGCUGCGAUCAAAGAGUUUUGGGCCUACGUGAAGCAGCACGAGCUGCAGGACCCGAACGACGGACGGAUGAUCCAUUCCAACCACGAGAUGAAGUCGGUGUUUCGAGUCGACCAGAUUGGCUUGACGCAAGUCAUGGGGCUCAUCUCGAAGCACCUGGAGAAAAAACCUGACCAGCCAAAGCAGAUGUGA